AUGCUGACACUAAAUACUAAAAAAUCUACAAAGCCAAAGCCAAGUCGCAAAGGGAAGAAAGCCUGGCGGAAGAAUGUUGACAUUACAGAGAUCGAAGAAACUUUGGAGGAAAUAAGGACUGAGGAGAGAGUGCUGGGCGGUAAAAUUCGGGAAUUGCCUUCUGAAGAACUUUUUGUCAUCGAUACCAAGGGUGACGCCAAAGUGCAGAGGAAGUUAAACAAAAGACUUGCCAAACUGCAUGUUGAUCAAGUAUUGGAAUCUCGAAGUAAACUCCCACCUGUGUUUUCGAAACCCUUGAAACAAAAAUAUGAAAAAAAGCAAAUGUCGCAAUUCACAAAAAUAAGCUUAGACAAGUUGAUGCAAGAGAAACAUGAUACGCCCGGUGAGGUUACCUCGAAAUCAGGAGAGUAUGACGUAUGGAUGCAAGAAGAUGAAGGGUCUGAAGAAGAUUGGCAUCCACAAAAGAAACGAAAGAUCAAAAUGCCUACCACUUUAAACAUGAAGCCCGCAGCGGAUGUUCCAGCUGUUCGAAUUCCGCAUCCCGGAACAAGUUAUAUGCCUGAAGAUCAAGCUCAUCAAGAACUUCUCAUGAUCGCUCACAAAGAAGAAGAAGCAAAAUUGUUACGACUGCAACGAAUUAAAUCUCAACUUUCUUCGCACACUAAAGAAGCCUCCUCUUUUGAAGAUACUGUGAAUGGUGAUGAAGACGAAAAUUCUGAUUCAGAAGAAAAUGAAGGGAACGAGAUUGAAGUAGAACAGGAGUACAACGAACACGAAAAAAAGUUGAUUGAAAAAAAGAAAUUGACCGAGGAGGAAGCAAAACUACCAAAGAACAAAAUCGGAAAAUACCGAGUACGAAAGAUACCGACUGAUGUGUUACUUUCAGAUGAAUUGAAACCAACUUUCCGGGAAUUUAAGCCCGAAGGAAAUUUGUUUAGAGAACGAAUGGCUAGCUAUGAAGAACGUAAUAUUGUUGAACCGAGAGUGCGCAUCAAGUAUGUUAUACUUCUUUUAUAA